CGCUUCGAUUUCCAAAAGUAAAAAACCGGAACGUAUGUCGAUAAGUUUCGAUAGACAAUCUCACUUGGUCAGCCUCCAAGGCAGUACCGAAGAAGGAACGGACGAGUGAGUACCGCGCGACUUUGAUGAAAAACACGCGAGUGGUGUGAGUGAUGGUGAUCAAGUAGUACCCGAGUGAAGAAAAAUGCCCACGCUGAGGAUUUAAAACAGACUGCAAAAUGAAUUGGUUGUGGCUGGUUACCAUUCCCUUAACCGUCUCAGUCAAUUCCCAGGAGUUCAGACCGUGCUCGGAGAUUUCCAGAGACUUGCGUUUCCCGUGUACCUGCGCCUUGGGGCCUGUAGAAGUCGCCCUCGACGACAAUCCCGCCAUCAGUAUCAACUGUGACCGAAUCGUCUUCCCCGGAGACUUACCAUCGCUGCCAUAUGGAGCUCCGAUAGUCUCGUUCAGUCAACGCUGGGCCGGACACCAAUCUCUACCCACCCAGAUUUUUUCAUCCACGGGACUCCCAUUGAGGAGCAUCGAUCUAUCGGGCAACUCGCUGCGGAGACUCACUGAACGACUCUUACAAGGUCUUCAGCUGACCUUGGUUGAGCUCAAACUCGCCGAUAAUUUGCUUGGGGACACCUUGAACCCCAUUUUUUCCACGAGCGAGUUACGGGGACUCGGGCAUUUGCAAGUCCUGGAUUUGAGUGGCAAUCUUAUCAAGGCGGUGGAAGAAGGGAUUUUGGAAGGGUGCGACAACUUACAGGAGCUGUAUUUAGGGAGGAAUAGUCUUACGUUUAUACCAAGUUCGUCUCUCAACGGACCCAAAUCGCUGCGGGUGUUGUCGUUGGUGGCUAACAGAAUAGGUGCCGUUAGAAGUGGGGCGUUUCAAGCCCAAACACAUCUGGAACACAUAGAUUUGAGUAAUAAUCUCGUCCAUACUGUAGAAGGAGGUGCUCUGAAUGGGCUGCAUCGUCUAAAAUCGCUUCGACUGUCGCAUAACAGACUGACGAGAUUCAACAGCGAUGUCUUCCAGGGAGCCGAUAGUUUAGAAUCUUUAGACAUGUCGGAGAACUUCAUCACGGAGUUUCCGACUGUGGCCCUCAAGGUUUUCAAAGACCUUAAAUAUUUGAACUUGUCGUCCAAUUUAAUACAGAAUUUAGACAACAACGACUUACUGUCUUUGGUGAACUUAUACUACUUGGACUUGAGUCGCAACAACAUUGCUAAUAUCGUUCCAGGAACUUUCUUGGGUUUGAAGCAGCUGCGCAAACUCGACAUUAGUGUCAAUUCUUUAAGAACGAUUGAAGACGAUGCUUUCGAAGGUCUAGACAACUUGGAGCACCUCAGUUUGAAGGACAAUAACAUUCUUUUAAUCCCGGCUUCCGCUUUAGGGCGACUACCCAAACUGACGUCCCUACAGUUAGAUUACAACAGAGUUGCUGCCCUUUCUGGAGAUAUUCUUCGUUCCAUAGCAGAGCGCGUCACCAAGCUAGUCUUAUCAAGAAACGUAGUGCGGGAACUACCUUCAGGUUCCUUCCAGUACUUCCAGCACCUAACAUUCCUGGACCUGACGAGAAACUUGAUCACUAGUUUGAACACAGAUGCAUUUCUGGGGUUAGAAAACACCCUAAAGAGUCUAUACUUGUCCCAAAAUCGUAUUAACGCCCUUGUGGGACCACCUCUCUCUUUAACAAAACUGGAACUAUUAGACCUUAGUGACAACCACUUAACCGAUUUGUCUAACAACGUGUUUGGUAUGCUUCCGGAACUAAAAUUCUUGAAUUUGAGCCACAACACCCACCUAGCAACCAUUCCUUCCAACCUAAUCCAAACACUAUCAAACCUGGAAAAAUUCGACAUGAGUCACACAGGUCUCAAAAUCUUGACACCAGAUUUCUUCAGUAAGUCGUCAAAGUUGAAACGAAUCCACCUACAACACAACUCCAUUGCCGAAAUUUCGGACGGAGUUUUCGCCAAUAUGUUGAACCUCACUGCCAUCGAUUUAUCUUUUAAUAACAUAAACAAUAUCAAACAAGGGGCUUUCGUCAACGUGAUGAACAUAAAAGAGUUGUAUUUGAAAGGGAACCAACUCAGUUCGUUCAAAGGGGAGUUCUUCAAUACAGGAACGAGUCUUGAGAUUCUGGAUAUCUCAGACAAUCAACUCAGCUACUUGUUCCCGUCGUCCUUCCGCAUCCACCCACGCCUCAAGAAAGUACUCGCUGCUAACAACAAAUUCAAUUUCUUCCCGGCUGAGUUAAUCGCUACGUUGCAGUUCUUGGAAACUGUGGACUUAUCUGGGAAUGAUCUAAAGACAGUGGAGGAGUUGGAUUUUGCUAGGUUACCACGACUGAGAGUCCUCCUGCUGGCUAACAAUCAACUGGAAUUCGUGAGUGAGAUGGCGUUCCACAAUUCCACACAACUACAAGUUUUAGACUUGAGCUACAACAAAUUAGAUCGUCUGGGUGAACGCACUUUCGAAGGAUUAGUCAGGUUAGAGUUGUUGAAUUUAGAAGGCAACUUGUUGACGGACUUACCUGAAACCAUUUUCGAAAGAGCGCGUUUGCAAAUGUUGGAGAACAUUAAUCUAGCGAAGAAUUUGUUCGAAGUAGCACCUCUGAAGUCUCUCCAAAGGCAGUACUUUUUCGUUUCGUCGGUAGACUUGUCGAGGAACAAACUCAAAGAAAUACCAGCGGAUGACAGUAUUAUGGUAAACAUAAAAAAACUCGAUUUGUCGUUCAAUCCUCUGUCUGACGAAACAAUCAGGAAUGUACUCGGCGAACCUAAAACUAUGCGCGAAUUAAAUUUGGCAGGUACAGGUAUCAAACAGCUGACUCAGCUGGAAACCCCGUUCUUGAGCUACUUGAAUCUUUCGCACAACAACAUUACGAACCUUGACGAUGGUAUUUUCGAACGAACCACGCUACUGGAAACUCUUGAUGUCUCUCACAACCAACUCAGUGACAUUUCUAACUACUCGAGAAUUUGGCCUUUGCUCAAAAACCUGCAGUCGUUAAAUAUAUCGUCUAACCCGAUCCUCAGCAUCUCCCAAAGUGAUUUUCAAGGUCUAGACACCUUGAAGCAACUCAGCAUGUCUUCGUUGAAACAGUGCGAAAAAAUCGAGAAGGGGGCUUUCAAGGCAGUACCUAAUCUCUCAUGCUUGAGUGCCUACGACUACCCGAAACUGGGCUACAUUGACAUUCAAGGACUCCUUCUAAAUCUUCCAUCGUUGGAAAAAGUCAACAUCGAAACCAAAGAUGCAGCUGUCGGUUCUGAUCAACUGCAGUCCGUUUUGCAUCCACGGUUGAAAGAAUUGGGGCUAAGAGGAUCCAGAUUGAGGAGCAUCUCGUCGGGGACUCUUUCAGGUAUCAAAGGCCCCGAGGUAGUCAUCCGGCUCAUGAACACAUCCCUCUCUUCUCUCCCACCAGCUCUUUUCUUCCCCGUCCCGCGCUCCUCCAAGAUCAUGCUCGACGUGACCGGCAGCCAGCUCACCACCCUCAGCCCCCAGAUCCUGGUGACUCUCGACGACCGGCGCGGCGACCUCAAGCUCCUGGGGCUCGAAAGCAACCCCGUCGUGUGCGACUGCAGCGCUCGCGCCCUCCGCCGCUGGCUGCCCUCCCACAUGACCACCAUCCGCUGCUCGGGCCCGGACCACCUCGUCGGGAAACUCCUGGUGGAAAUCGGCGACGACGAGCUCACGUGCGAUCCUCGUAAAAUCACCACGUCCACGCAGUCCACUACUAGCUCGGUCCUCACGCGCUCCACCCGCUUGCACCCCAAGACCACGGAGCCCGAGAUCAUCUGGUCGGUGCCCGUGAGCGAAGAGCCCAAGACGACGAAACCGGUCGCUGGCCAGUCGGCCUUGAACAACGACGAUACGCUCAUUAUAGGUAUCGUGGGGGGCGUGGUGGCCUUCAUAGCUAUCUUGAUUAUUAUUAUUUGUAUCAUUCGGUUAAGGAUGACGGGGACUCAGUACAGGGGCGGGCCGCUGGCGAACGGGACUCCGGUGAUGGGGCCGCCGGUGGUGGGGGCGGGUAGUAGUUGCGCGUGUAGCGUGAAAGGGGCGCCGGUGUAUCCGGUGGGGCCGGGGUAUGCGGCGGGGUAUGCGGCGACGUUGCCGCACAAGAUGCAGGCGCCGAUGAGGCCCAGCAACUACUCGACGAUGGGAAGAGUGCCGUAUUAUCCGAAUAGUGGACAGCCUUAUUUUAUAGCGCUGCCGGAUGAGAAUAAGAUUUAUCGGUAACUGUUGUAGGUUAGGUUUGUUGUAGGUUCAAGUGCGUGAAUUUUUUUUAUUUAAAAGUUUUUUUAUGUUAAGAUGACUUUUAUGUAUAAUAUAUUUUUUAUAACGUU